AUGAAAGGUCUUCAGAAUAGCAGCCAAAGCAAGAACGGCCUCAACAAGAUUUGGCUGAUGGCGUUCUGCGCUCGGCAUGAGCGAGCGACCGCUCAAGAGGUCUGCCGGAACACGUGGCUUGGCCUGACCAUUUUGCAAGUCAGCAGGCCUGGUCAGAAAGCGGAUCGACUGUUGAGGUGGCCACCGCAGUGCCCCUUUGAUUCUUGCAGCGGGCGAGAGACUCCUCGAUGGCGAGCACAGCGACCCCAGCGAGAGAUGUCCGACAUCGCCCAGGGCGCUGCCGGCUUCUGCGAGCUCGCAGCCGCAGACCGCCUGGCUGGCAUCGAUAUCCGACGCACCUUUGACCUCGACGGAAGCGGCUUCGUCAGCGCCGCGGUGCUUAGGCGCUCACUGUCCGCCUUUGACCCGCAAGUGUUCAAUGCGCAUUGCCUCCAAUUGCUGCUUGGUCCGGCGCAAGCAGAUUCGGUACGCAUCCAAGACGUGUUCGGACCCUUCUGGCAGCUGUUCUGUCAUCGAGUUCAGCUGCUGGAGGAGAAGCUGGCCCAGACGAGGCGUAUGUCGCAGAAGCGGCAGGUGGAGCUCGCACAGACUGCGCAAGAUACCGCUGAUGCUUUGCGAUUGGCACAGCGGGAACUUGCCCAGUUGCAGCCGCACAACAGCUGCCCCAGUGCGGACACUCAGGACGACGCGAGGUCGAUACUGGAGCUGCGAGAGAGACUAGCUCACAGCGAGCAGCAGCGGAAGAAGAUGGAGGAGCAGCUGCGCAAGAUGAGCCGCGCCGAACGGCAGGUGCCACAGAAAUCCUUGGCUCUGAAAGGCGCCGAGGAAGAGGGCUGCAAGGGGAGGCGAAAACGUGGCACACCACAUUGGCACGAAGAAGCAGCCGACUCUAUGGAUGUGCAAAAGCUCCUCUCUUCAGAGCAGACGCGAAAGGCCUUGGAGCAAGACUUGCGCCAUGCACUGGCCAAGUUGGAUGAGGUUUUUGUCAACCAUGGCGGUGGACCUUUGCCUCUGCUCGGCAAACAACCUGGAAUUGCGAAGUUUUUGCAGGGCUACCCGCGCUCUCUUCCCAGUGCCCCUGCGGCCAUCAUCGUUGUGACAGCGCACUGGGAGACCGGUUCUGCGCUGAAAGUCACUGCAGCCAGCAGGCAUAGCUUGUACUUUGACUACGGCGGCUUUCCCAAGGAAAGCUACGAAUAUCAAUAUUCCGCUCCAGGGAGUCCUGAUCUGGCAAGGCAGAUUGUAGGCCUCCUGGCCAAGAAGGGGAUUCAGUGCUCCUCUGACGCCACACGUGGCUGGGAUCAUGGAGUGUUCGUGCCCAUGAUGCUGAUGUUCCCCAAAGCACCCUGGCCAAGCAGGCCGACAGGUCGAUCUUGUGAUGCUGUUGAGGCAGAUAUCCCAUUGGUUGCCCUGUCCCUAUACAGCAACCAGGAUGCUCGAGCGCACAUGGCUGCUGGCGAAGCGCUGCAGCCUUUGCGCGACCAGGGUGUCUUGAUCCUCGGUUCUGGGGCUUCCUUCCACAACUUCGACUACUUCUUUGCAAGAGAUCCUGCAAAGCGACUCGCGGGUGUAAGCCACUCGCAGAAGUUUGAUCGCUGGCUGACGGAAGCGGUGACCUCAGAAGCACUGACCUCGGAGGAGCGCAUUGCCCGCCUCUCUGACUGGGCUUCGGCUCCAUCGGCCCGGGAUGCGCAGCCGCUGGGCGCUGCUGAGCAUUUAAUGCCGCUGUUUGUCGUCGCCGGUGCUGCUGGAUACCAGCCGGGACGGAAGAUUAAUACUGAAGCCAAUUCACCGGAAAGUCUGGCCGUAAGCGAAUUCGAGUUCAACUGA